AUGUCCUCUUCCUCACAUGAAAUCAUUCUCACCAGCUCCCCUCAUGGCCCCAUCACGGCCUAUGAGCCCUCCAGCGGCGCCACCGUCGCCCGAUUCUCCGGCAGCCGGUCGCCUUGCCGCGGCCUCGCCAUGGCAGGCCAAGGCCUAAUUGCUGCCUCUCAUGUGUCCUCAGACACAGGUGCAGGCUCAAUUAACAUCUAUAAUUGGUAUACUUCGACUGUGUUCCAUAACUUCCCUGUCCCUGAACCUGUUGCUCCACUCAUUGCUACCCCUGGAGGAGAAUUUCUUUUUGCUGGUGGCAUAUCAGGGAGUGUUCAUUCUCUUUCAAUUUCUUCUGGGGAUGUGAUCAAAUCAUUUGUUGUACACCCAAGAGCAAUUUCCAGUCUUCAUCUUAGUGAUGAUGGGUCGCUAGUUAUUUCAGGUAGUGAUGAUGGAACCGUUGCUUUGAUCCCAACUUUUAAGCUUGUUGUUGAGGCCUCUUGUUCAGAUGCAAAAGAUUUGAUUUUGCACAAAUGGAAGGCACAUUCUGAUUCAGUGACUGCUUUCAACAACUCUGGACUAGGUACAUUGGUUUCUUGUUCACUAGAUUGCACAUGUAAGUUUUGGAAUCUGGCAAAUAAUGGGGUUCUCAUGUGCACUGUGGCAUUCCCUUGUGCCAUUUUUGGGGUUGCAUUGAAUUCAACUGAGUCAUGGUUCUAUGCUGCUGGUGCAGAUGGGUUGGUUUAUAAGGGAUUAAUGAAGGUUGGGAGCAGAAAAUUACUUGGUAGAGCCUAUGAGUUGAAAAAUUGGCCUAGGAGCCAUAAUGGGUCAAUUGUGUCUUUGGUUUCUGUGAAUGGAGGGAGGAAUUUGGUGUCUGCUGCAGAAGAUGGGAGUGCUUGGAUGUGGGAUGUUGAGAGGGGAGAAGUCACAAUGGUUUUGGGGAAUGGCAUGGAAAACAUCAGUGAUAUGAUUGUAGCUAGAGGCAGUGGUGAGUUUGGAGUUAGAAAGGGAAAUAAUGCUACAAUUGGUCAAGCUAAUGGGUUCUUCACUUCUUAUGAGCUGUGUGAUGAAGAGAUGAUUAAGACUAUGAAGCAAAUCACAGAGCUUGGAGAGGUCAUGGAUGUGGUGGUACAUGACAAGAAAAGAGCCAUUGACAUGUUGGAAUCUGCAAUUGAAAUGUAUGAGAGACUCUUGAAGCUUAUCCUUAAAGAAGUUACCAAAGCCACUGAAGAGGCAGAGAAGGAAGAAGACAAAGAGGAAGAGGAAGAAGGAAAAGAGGAUGAGACAGAGGAAGACAAGUAA